UCAUACAAACACAGUCAGAGCACAUGGAGGACUCACCUGCCGUGAUGAACAGGCACUGCGGUAGUCACCUCUGUCUUUACUCCGGGGUCCUUGCUGUGGAUGAACAAAGAUGGCGGCGUCCAUAUUGUGCGGGAGGACAAUGUUAUGCAGGACUUUUAAGGGAAUAUCAUGUUCAAAAACUUUACUUUCUGCGAACUCUCGUAGUGGGCUUCUAUUGCAGACAGCGUCCUAUAACCCUAAACCUUUAAAGCUGAACCUCCGUGAGCCCUAUAUUCCAGCCAAGGACAGCGAGAAGACGCCGGAAUGGCAGAAGACGGCCCGGUAUGACAGGAAGCUGUUUGGUCGGUACGGCUCAGCGGCGGGUAUAGACCCAGCCUCGCUUUGGCCCAGCCAUGAGCAGCUGGACAAGAUUAUUGCAGAGGAAAAUGAGUGGCACCCUCCUUUAGCGGUAUUGCUGAAGAACAUCCAGGCCAAGGAGGAGGAGGCAACCAAAAAACGGUUGGAAAAAGAGAAACUCAUAGCAGAUAACAUGGCCAAAAUGCCCAAGAUGAUGGCUGACUGGCGCGCACAAAAGCAAGAAACCAAGAAGAAGAUAAGGGAGGCGAAAGCUCGCCGUGCAAAGUUGCUGGUAGAGGCCAGAGAGUGCUUUGGCUCCACAGUCGACCCCCGCAACAAAAAAUUCAUGGAAAUGGUUGAAAAUCUAGAAAAGGAUGAAAAGAAGAAGAAGAAACUUAUAAAACGCCAACAGAGAGAUGAGAGGGUGACGGGCUCUGUCACACCUCCUGAAGCCUCUUCUUAGUGCUGAGCUUCGGUGCUGCAGUUCAGUCGGACAUUUGAAAAAGACUGAUGGCAAACCCCAUCCAGGUUUUGUUUUUCUUAUGUAAAAAAAACUUUAAACAUUCAUUACCUCUAUGUAUUUAGCAGUCACUAGAAUAAAUACAUUUCUGUA